AUGACAAGUAAUGGGAAAGAUGAUGGCCCAAAACUUAGAGAAGAAAAGAAUUACAGAGAAUUUUAUCCUUCUCUUGCAGAUACUCAAUUGCUUCCAUUGAUCUUUGACAUAAAAAAUGUUAAGAACCUUAAUUUACCUGAAAUGGAUCAAUCAAACAAUGAUCUUUUAAGUCAUACAAUUCAAUGUAAACAAACUAUUUUUAAUGGGAAAAUAAAUACAGAACCACUAAUUAUCGGGAAUACUGUGGCAAAUUUUCGUAAAUGUAAAUUUAAUAUCGCUGAAUUAGCUAAAGAUAUUGAUAAUGCUAUGGUUGAGAAAGAUUUAAUCUAUGAACAGUCUAAACCACGCUUAAAGAAAAAGAAAGUAGCAGUACAAUCAGAUCUUGGAGCACAAAUUAAUAAUGCUGAAUCAUUGUUGUCUUCGUCAUAUAUGUUAAAAAUACGGCAUGAUUUCAAUAAGCAAAAUCAAAUAUUUAAUAUGAAAGAUCUAAUUAGAGAUUCUCCAGGUUUGAAAAAUUUUAAGAUACAAUACGAUAUGGAUGAGCAAGAUUUCUUGUUUAUUAAACAUUUAAAUGAGAUAUACCCAGAUCUUAAUCUUAAUGAACUGCAAUUUGAAGCUCUGAUUUCAAUUCUAGAGUAUCAAUGGUCUUAUAUGCAAUCGCAUUUCCCAAUUCCAGCCCCACCUUUAGCGUCAUUUGAUCAAUUAUGUUCAGUAUGUAACACAGAGGAGACAUCCACAAACAAUAUUAUAUUUUGUGAUUCAUGCAAUGUGGCGGUACAUCAGGAUUGUUAUGGAAUAUUAUUUAUCCCACCUGGUCCAUGGUUAUGUAGACCAUGUAUUCAAAAAAAUUUAACUUUAACUAAACCAUAUUGUUGUGUUUGUCCAGAGAUUGGAGGACCUUUAAAACAAACUUCUUGUGGAACGUGGGUUCACGUUUGGUGUGCGGUAUGGGUUAGAGAGUUAUGUUUCGGAAAUUGGCAUUAUUUAGAACCUGUAGAAGGGAUAGAAAAGAUACCGGCAUCAAGAUGGAGAUUGGUAUGUUCUAUUUGUAAAAUGAAACGCGGAGCUUGUAUUCAAUGUACUAAUAAAAGUUGUUUCACUGCAUUCCAUGUGUCUUGCGCAAUGAAAGCAGGGUAUCAAAUGACUCAAUUAGAAACAGGAUCUCUUGCAGAAAUGGCACUUGGUAAUGAAAAAUUAGAAUGUUUUUGCGACAAACAUUCAGAUUCGAUACCUGACAUUGAGAAUAGAAUUCAAGAAAUAAGAGAUGAGGUUUGGGAGAUAAAUACUUUUGCAAUUCUCGAUGAUAAUGUAACUGGAAAAAAUCAUAGUCCCCUGGAUGAUACUAUAUCAAAUAUUAGAAAGUUUCCAACUGCUCCAAUGAUAUUUGUUCACCAAUUACAAUCAGUUUUAUCUCAAUUAAUGAUAAAUAAUAAUGGUUUAAGAAACAUCAGCAUAGAUAUUUGUAAAUAUUGGAGUCUGAAAAGAGAACUCAAUGAUGGUGCACCACUGUUUGAGCCAAAUAAUAGCCAUGUUUACUCCUUUGACCUCCUAGAUGAGGGCCAGAUAAAUGAUAGACUUGAGUUUGGUAAAAUUUUAUCACCAGAUUUAGCAUCUUUGCAAGAAUUAUCGAAAUUGGUUUAUAAGAGAAGUAAUAGUUUGAUUGAAAAAGUGACUAAUGAUAGAUUAAUACAUGACAUAAUUCAAAACCCGGAUCUUUUCGUCUUGAAUAGUAUUAUUAUUAAAAAAUUUGUCAUAAGUGAUAUAUUCAAACAGCUAAAGUUUUCACUUGUUGACCCAAAAUAUAAAGAUGUGUUAAGGAUGUGCGAAGAAAGAAAAUUUAAAAAGGCCACAGAUUUUUAUAAAGCAAUUAAUCAAAUGUUUGACGAGAUUUUAGAAUCUCCUGAUACAAGUAGAGUGCUAGGCAAAAAUAUAGAAAAGGCUCAAGGUAUUUUGGGCGUUGCUUCCGGAUCACUAACCAACAAUAAUUUAAAAGAAAUGUUGGAGCAAGACUUCAGUAUAUAUGAUUCCCUAAAUACAAAAGAGCUGGAAUGGAACUCUUUCUUCGCGCUAAAAACUGAAGGUUUAAGUGAUGUAGAAGAACUUGACGACUCUGAUAAAUCACGUUUAGAUGACAUAUUAAGCGAUAAGUUCGUCAAGCCCAGGACGAAGAUUAAAAUAAAACCCAGAAGACUACGCUCAAGAAGGAGAAGAUAG